AUGUCAAUGGAAACUGUACCUAAAGAUUUACGUGGAUUAAGAGCAUGUUUAGUAUGCUCUUUAAUUAAGGUAUGUUUUCUUAUAUUUCUUACCACUAUUUUUACAUUAUUUAAAAAUUAUGUUUUUAUAUUAUUACAAAAUUCAACUUUGUUACAGACAUUUGAUCAAUUUGAAUUCGAUGGUUGUGACAACUGCGAUGAGUUUUUACGUAUGAAAAAUAAUAAAGAUAAUGUUUUUGAUUGUACGAGUUCCAAUUUUGAUGGAUCGAUUUUGCAAGGGUGUGUACGCAAUAUCAGUAUCAGGACGUUUACCAGCAGGUGUUAUAAGGGAGAUGAAAAGCAGAGGAAUAGUGUAUAGACCGCGUGAUACGAGUCAACGAUAA